GAGAGACACAAAGACUCCCCAUCACAGGCGCGCACAUUCGGACUUGGAGCUGCACGCGUGCGUCUCACUCCAGAGCCCGCACGGAGCGAGUGGGCGCACAACUCACGCUGGGUGUACAACCCCACAGAGAGAGAGAAAACAAGCAGUUGUAUUAGAUAUACAUCACUGUUCUAUUUAUCGACGCUAGAUUGUUUUUUUCUGUUUACUAACAACAACAAAAACGAUUUUUAAUAACUGUUGGAUUUUGUUAUUUUCUAGUGCUUAUUAUUUCGCAGUAAUUUAAAAAAAAAAUCAAGCAGGGGAUAUUUACAACAGACUACGACGACUCAAUUUGUGCACGGGAACAGGUUUCCCAAGUGUUUAUCUACUAGCUACUACAGUCGUCAGUACGAGCAUUACAUGGUAUGCGAGUCGUGCACCGCCACUAGAGAGCAUUCGACCGUCCCUUUGCACAACACAGCUCGUGCCGAGCUGCUACAGUUGCGAGGAAGACACGCACGGCAAUAGAACACCCCUGGUGACAUCGGUAGUAUCAGGCAGACUGAAGAACUGAGAACAACAUCCUCGCACCGACUCGAUAAAGAAGAAGAAGAAGAGCGAUAUCAAACAGGAGGAACUUGCGCGCUUGCGCCGAGAUUUGAACUUUUAUUGAAGUCUGCGCGAGAGAAACCGGGAGAGCGCUACUUGUCCGUAUACCUCGUGCCACCUGCUUUCGUGUGAGCAAGGGUGGCACUGUUAUUAUAAUCAUCAGCAGCAGCAGCAGCGGCAAGCGAUGGGCAUCAGCAACAAGCAGCAAGAACGUGCCACCAACAUCAUGUUCCCGCAGUACCUCGCGGUGCUCCUUCUAACCUGCAUCGCCUUCCAAGGCACUCUGGCAGCAAUCACCGUCAACGUGAGCCCGCUUGUCGAGGUGGAACUGGGAAAGCCUCUGGAGAUCCCCUGCACAUACAAACCAUCCAUCGGCAAUGCUGUGAACGUGCAAUGGUUCAUCAUUUCGAAAUUGACCCGGCUGAGGAUCAUCUACAAGGACAUGAACGAGUUCCUGAUCGACGAUGGCACCGACUACUCGGACCGCAUCAACAAAGGCACCGAUUUCACCCUGAUGCUCAACACGACGAUGGCCAUGGACGAGCGCGAUUUCAUCUGCCAGGUGUCGGCGGGGCCGGCGGGCGUGGGAGAGGCGACAGCCAGCGUCAAGGUGUUUUCGGCACCAAAGGUGGACAUCACGGCGAGCACCCUGCCCGUGCUAGUGAACAAACAACUCUAUAAGAUCGGGGAAUGUUUGGUGCAGAAUGCUUACCCAGAGCCCAACAUCACCUGGUACAAGGGCUCCGUGCCCCUUUUGCCAUCUGCUGACGUGAAAGUGACGCCGACGGUCACGAAAGAGACCGACGGCACGUUCACCGUCACGUCCGUCCUGAACUACAAGCCGCAGAAGUCGGACGUGAGAGCCAAGUACCACUGCGAGGUCAACUACAAGAUGCCAGGCAGCAGCAAGGCCAUCGACUCGGAGAAAAUCAACGUGACUAUGCACUAUCCGCCUGAGAAGGUGAACCUCAUCAUUGAGUCUCCCAGCGUUGCCGUGAAGGAGGGGGACACGGUGGUGUUCAGGUGCGAGACAGACGGAUUCCCCCUACCCGAGAUCGACUUCUACCAGAGUUUGCCGGCGAAGUUCGAUUUUUCCAGCAUAGCCCGGAAGGACAGACUGACCCUGCCUGCCGUGAAUCGGAACAACACCGGGACAUACGGGUGUCAUGCUUUCAAUCCCGACUGGAUGGAGACGUCAAUGAACAGCAGCAAGGAUCUCGUGGUGAACUACUUGGAUGAUGUGAAGCUUACCCCUUCCGAGCCGAUCAAGGUCAUGGCUGGAGUGCAGGUGCAGGUGACCUGCGCCACUCCCUCGUCGUCCGGGAUACCGACCUACACGUGGACAAAGGCCGGCAAGGUGGUGUCCAACGUCGCCACGCUGAACCUGCCGAGCGCGAAGCUGUCCGACAUGGGCGAGUACUCUUGCGUGGCCUCGCUGCCCUCCGUGCCGGGCCUCGAGAGGUCGAGCUCCGUCAAAGUUACCGUGGAAGGGAAGCCGACGUUCAACGACUCCAAGGAUCACAAAGAGACGCGAACCUUGGGUGACACCACUAGACUCGUGUGCAUCGUGUCUGGAAACCCCCGUCCAGUCAUCUCAUGGGAAAAGCCGUUGGACUCUGGCGAGCAGAACGACAGCUGGGAUGAGGCGACGGGCGUGCUGACGAGCGUGGUGAUGGUGAAGGUGUCGGAGAACAUCCCGCCCAUCAACUGCACGGCUACCAACAACUUGGGCCAAAGCACCAAGCGCUUCUACAUCAGCACGCGGCUCGGACCUACAACUGCACCCCCUGGACCUACCACUGCACCCCCUGACUUGGAAGCAGUCAGUGACAGCGGCAACGGCCGCGUGAUCAUCGCCAUCAUCGUGUCGCUGCUGCUCGUGGCCGUGCUGGGCAGCUUCAUCUACUGGUCGUACAAGACCAAGAAGUUUUGCUUCGGCCAGAAGAGGAGCUCCAUGCCACCAGGUUCCAAUGGCGCUUCGAAACCAGAAACGGAAAAACUGAAUUCUGACAAUGCGGUUUAGAUCACGGAUGAACACACCUUAACUUUUACCUCUCCCCAUCCCAUCCUGACCCGUGAAAAAAAUGAAAAAAAAAAAUGACAAAAAAAAACUUAGAAUAAUUUUUUUGAAGCUUAAUAUAAAAAAAAAUGUCGAUGUUUUUUUUUUCUGUAUUAUAAGUUGUGUAGAAAACUACCAUGUUAAUCAAGAUUGCUACCAAAGCAAUUGUGUUUGUGCGAAUACCGUUGGGGGGUGUCUGUUUUAAAGUUUUAGCAACGUAAGUACACGAUAGAGUUUGGGGUUCUUAACAGAUGCGUCGCUUGGUGAAGGGAUGUUUUUCAUUUUUUUAUGAGUUUAUGUAUCGGUGCGCUACUGUAAUAAUACAACAAAUACUGCUUGCUGGUGAAA